AAACGAAAAGCUAUUCUUCCCAUCCUCUUCCCAUCCUUUUGCCAUCAGUUCUUGCAUCCCUUCGUCUAACCAGAACGACAACAUGUCCAACUACUAUUCAGGCUACGGAAAUGGCUCUUCCGAUGGAUACAAAAGCAGCAGCUCUUACGGAGGGUCUGGUAGUGGUGGCUACGGAGGAAACUCCUAUGGUGGAGGAAGUUACGGCAACUCUUCAUUUGGUGGCAGUGGAGGAUAUGGGGGAGGCGGCUACGGCGGCGGUUACGGAGGAGGUGACAAAAUGUCUGGUCUUGGUGCCUCCCUUCGACGUCCGGAUUGGGAGCGAGAGUUUGCUUCCCUACCGAAGUUCGCAAAGAACUUCUACAUAGAACAUCCCUCUGUAUCCGCUCUAUCCGACGCCGAUGUUGAGGCCUUCAGGAGAAAACAUGAGAUCAAGGUGGUGGGAAGUGGCGUACCUAAACCUAUUGAAGCUUUUGAAGAAGCAUCGUUCCCUUCUUAUGUAUUGAAGGAGGUUCAAGCAGUUGGAUUCAAAAGCCCUACGCCAAUUCAGGCUCAGGGAUGGCCCAUGGCACUCAGCGGACGCGAUGUGGUCGGUGUUGCCGAAACUGGAUCUGGAAAAACGCUAGCCUAUGUUCUGCCAGCUAUCGUACACAUUAACGCACAACCCCUUUUGCAACCCGGAGACGGCCCUAUUGUCCUUAUCUUAGCUCCCACUCGUGAAUUGGCAUUGCAGAUUCAACAGGAAUGCUCAAAGUUUGGAGCCUCCUCUAAGAUCAAGAAUACUUGCCUUUACGGAGGAGUUCCUCGUGGCCCGCAGAUCAGAGAAUUGACAAGGGGCGUAGAGAUUUGCAUAGCUACACCUGGUCGAUUGAUUGAUAUGCUUGAGACAAAAAAGACGAACCUUCGUCGCGUAACGUACCUGGUAAUGGAUGAGGCAGACAGGAUGUUGGAUAUGGGUUUCGAACCUCAAAUCCGUAAAAUUGUUGACCAGAUUCGACCGGACCGUCAAACCCUCAUGUGGUCCGCUACAUGGCCGAAAGAGGUGCAAGCUUUGGCACGGGACUAUUUGAAGGACUAUAUUCAAGUGAAUGUUGGAUCCUUGGAGCUUUCGGCCAGUCACAAUAUUACUCAGAUAGUGGAGAUGUGCAGCGAAUACGACAAACGUGGAAAGCUUGUUCGGCUCUUGGAGAAGAUAUCGGAGGAGCGGAAUUCAAAGACAAUCAUCUUCACUGGCACAAAGCGUGCCGCCGAUGAAAUUACUCGUUAUUUGCGUCAAGAUGGCUUCGCUGCUUUGGCUAUUCACGGCGACAAGAAGCAGCAAGAGCGUGACUGGGUGAUGCAAGAAUUCAAAUCUGGAAAGGCGCCGAUUCUCAUUGCCACCGAUGUGGCUGCCCGUGGUCUAGAUGUCAAGGACAUCAAGUUUGUGAUUAACUUUGACUUCCCUAACAAUAUCGAAGAUUACAUCCAUCGGAUUGGCCGUACCGGUCGUGCCAAGACUACUGGUACUGCCUACACUUUCUUUACGGCCGAGAAUUUCAAGCACGCUAGGGAUCUUGUGAAGAUUUUGGACGAAGCAAAGCAAGACAUUGAUCCGAAGUUGCGUGAGCUUGCUCAGACCAGUGGAGGUGGCGGUUUCAAUCGUUGGGGCGGUGGUGGUCGCGGCGGAGGUCGAGGCUUCGGAGGUAGCGGCGGUGGUAACAGGUACCAGCCAUACCGUCGUUAAACUUUAUUAUUUAUGAAGUCAUGGUGUCGGUUUUGUGUCGGCAAUCCGUCGCACUACUUCGCGAAGAAGCCGAGGAAGGUCAAAGAAAAUAUUGUAUUUUGUAAAUGUUUUUGCGGGUCAUAAAUAGAAAUAAAGGUUUCUGUAUCUAUA